UAUUGCCUCCAGAGCAUUCCUCCUGUUAUAGUAAGCAGGGGCAAUGAAUUGUAUAUACACUUCAGAGCAAGAGGCAAAGCUAUAAGUAAUUUAACCAGACGAUUCAAAGGAAACUUUCUGUCUCAUACAACAGGUACAGACAUGCAUUAUCAGAAUGGUGAUUUUUUUUUUUUUUUUCAUCCGACUACCACCACCACUACCAUUACCAAUAUCACCGUAACCACUUCAAUCUAUUACCAAACAGUUUUUGUUUUCUUAUUAUUGCACCUUUAUUUCUCCUCAGCAUGUAAUGAAUCUAUUGGUCUGCAGGACGGAAGGGUGAAAAAUUCGCAGCUUUCUGCCUCCUCGUACUACACUCUAAAACUCGGCCACGGACAGUUGUAUUUGUAUCCUCAGUAUGGACGAAUAGAAGGUUUAUAUUUUUGGUGUAGUCAGGUGAGAGGCCACCACCUUCACUUUCCAAAUACAUAUGGUUUAUUUAGACACGGUAAAUCAUAAGUUUAAAAAAGGUAAAGCAAGGUAAAAUAAUAAAAAGACAAUAACCUUAGAUACAUAAGUAAUUGGUUUACACGAUUGCCGUACGGGAAACUGACCGAAAAUCAAAAAGCUUACCGGUUUUUAUUCCUUGAGCGAGUUUAUGCUUCGUCUAUUUUGCGAUAAGUCCGUUCCAGAUCUUGGCACCCGGCUAUAAGAGAAACUUCCCUUCAAGUAAUCACUACCUAUUUUUGGAAGAAAAAGCUUGAAAUCAGCGUUUCUUAAAUUACACAAAGUGUGGCAGGAUAUAAAGAGAUUCUGCAAGUAUAAAGGGCACGCCCACCGAGGACCUCAAACACAGUUAACAUACAUUGCUUUCUGCUUUUUGUGACGCACUCCAAGGGCCGUCCAGUACUUUGUUGUUGUUAUGAAUAGUGUCUUGUCAAUACAAAGGCUGUCAAAACUAAAAAAAAGAUAUGUAAUUUAUGUCGUUUCCUUUUUUUGCAGUUGCAACAGUCAAAGAACACUGUCAGAGAAUACUUUCAAAUCGACCUCCUGAACUUGACGGAAGUGACAGCCAUUGCUACACAAGUACGUAGUAACGAAAAUGACAUAAAAUUACAUUUCUAAUAGAGCGGUUUUCAUUUGAGUGUCGAAAAGUAAUUGGUUUUGCACUUUCUACACGAUGCGAUUGGCUUAAAAGAUUCGCGCCACCUUUUCAUCCAAUCAGAAGUAAAACCAAAGCCAAUUGUGACGCACUCGCAUGCAUUUUCCCGCGCUUUGCGUCAGCCACAUGUAAUUACUUCGAGUUUUGAUUGGUUCAACGUAUUGUCUGUGUCCUAUGUGAUUGGCCAGAGUAAUUACUUUGGUUUUGGUUUUACGACACUCAAACGAAAACCACUCUAGUUAAUGAAUACAUUUCUUUAGGAAGUGUGAACAAGUCUAAGGCCUCUAUUCAGAUACCUCUCUCAUCCCCUAGUGAGGGCUACACUUCCUUAUAACUUGUUUCUGAAUGUUAUUUCGAGUGUGAUGGAGGCUUCUCACACCAAAAGCAUGCUAUGUCAGCCUCCAUCUCACUGCAAAAAAGGGUUCAUGUAAUGGCAAUCAGGUCCCCUAUCACUGCACGUGAAUUGAGAAAGGUGAGGGCUCACAGUCUAUUAUUUAAAAUGUCAUCCUUUCUUACUACUAUUUCUACUUAUUAUUACUUAUAAUAUUCCGUAUCAUUCGUAGUGACGUGACGUCUUUAAUAAUGCCAUAUCAAUAUAUAGGCUUAGACGAAACAGUCAUUGAUGUCGAAUGAAGUGAAGAAAGAGAGUCCCUUUCUCCCCUCUUUUAGGGUCACCACUUGCAGGGCUCAAGUUACUGGGGAUACGUGUCAAGUUAUGAAGUUCAGUUCAAUUACAACAGAAACCAAUGGUUCACAUACAAUGCUGAAAACAGCAGCAGACUGGGAUUUACUGUAAGUUGGCUAUCCCACAUUUGUUUGGCUUUCUUUCUUACGCAUGCCUUAACACUUGAAAAGGACUUUCAAUUUAAGAACGUGCACUUCUCAAGUAAAGAGUAUGCCUCUUCUCAGAGUCUCUUCUAAAAACCUUCACUAACCGUAAUAGACCGUAAUAGUUGAAAUUUAUACUCAGUAUCAGACCAGUAUGGCACCCUUUUGUGGGCCGCCGGAGCAGAUGGCUUUAUGGCUUAAAAGGAGAGUGUCUCCUGGGGAACUGAAAUUUACCAGAAUCCUGCUCAGGUGCGAGCAAUUUUGAUAACCAAGACAGAAGUACUCAUGCGUGGUUUGAUCAUAGCCUGUUCGACACUGAUUGAGAGCCUGGCUAAUUUGAUCAAGGUGUUAAAAGAACUUCUUUCUCAUUUUAAUUAACAAUACUUACCUAUCUUCAAUAUCAGGAAUUUAAGGGGAACACAGACGUCGAAGGAAUAGUUAUGAACGCUUUCAAGUCUCCCAUUUUGGCCAAAAGGAUUCGAAUUGUCCCGACUGGUUACCAAAGCCACCCAGUCCAACUCAUGUGUCUACGGGCUGAACUAUAUGGCUGUAGGUAUGAUCUAGGUAAGGUAAUAAAGCAAUACUCCAUCUGGCGAUCAGUUCAAGAAUUGUAUCCUCAACUGAAUAAACAGCAAAUAUUAAAAGUCAGGUUUCUUUCGUGGAAUAUUAUCAAAGAAUGAGAAUUGGUGUACCUUUUGAAUGCUUAAAUAUAAUUUUCCAGUAUUUUUAUUUUUUAGGAUGUGGGAGUGUCUUGUCGUUGGACAAACCGGGUAAAAUAACUGUCCGCGGAUCAGAUAAAAGACUUAAAAUCUGCCGUUGGUUAGCUACACCCAAAUCUCCAGCCGUAUCCAAUAACAUCAUUUCCUUUCAUUUUACCUACUUUGAUGUUCCAUGUCGCCAUGGUCACGUGAUACUAAAUGCCAGAAAUGGAGGCAAAAAGAUGACGUUUUGCGGUGCUGAUCCUCCACCAGUCACCAGUCUUCCAGCGUCCAGUCAGAUAACGCUAGAAGUUAAACUUGACAAAGGCUCUAAUGUUUGGGGAAUUGACCUCUUCUACAAGACUGAUUUUUUAGGUAAUUUAAGAACUGAUACCUUACAAAAUUCCCUGAUAUUUUCCAAGUGCAUGCAUGUUUUUAUCAUCAUCAACUGAGUUCACUAAUUCUCUAUUAUUAUAAUUUACAAGUAAUCCAGAAGACCAUCACAUUUUAUCCAAAAUAGGCAUACAAACAAAAUUUAUUUAUUUUACUAUUUAUUUAUUUAUACAUUAAUUUUGCAUUAAUUUUGCAGGCUGUGGUAGAGUCUUGGAUGUGUCCAAAAGCGGUACUUUGUCGUCACCAGGUUACCCUCUGUCACAUGGACACAACCAACACUGCACGUGGAUCUUCAAUGCUCAUCCGGGAUCUAAGCUAACUGUAUCGUUUAUGGAAUUUAAUCUGCAAGCCUCAAAUGGUACACAUUGCGCUGAUUUUGUCCAGAUUCUAGAUGGCUCAGAAGGUAAGCAAUGAUUUGGCUCAGACUGGAGUAUUUUUACUGUGUAGUUGUAAGGAGAGAAGAGAUUCUCAAUACUACCUGCUAAACUAUAGAGCUAUUCCUCUGGAUAGCCGAAAGCUGCAAAGGGUGCACCUUGAAACUUGUGGUGAAAUCUGCUCAUCAGUUAAAUUCUAGCUUGCUAAUUUUUUACGAUGGCUCAGGAGGAAUUCUUGUUUAGUUAUGUGAUGUUUGGUUUGCAGAUUCUUCAGCGGACUUGGGAAAGUUUUGUGGCGAUUCUGUUCCAGGACAGGUGACCUCAUCUUUCAAUAAAAUGCGCAUUACAUUCCACAGUGAUAACACAAGUGCAACAAAAGGGUUUUUGCUCUGGUACGGUGUUGUCUCACCCAAACAAUACAGCGAAUUGCCUACUCCACAAGAUGGUGAGUGGGGCGUUUUUGUUUAA